GCUGGGCCGCGCACAUGCCGCCGGUCAUGAUUUGCACGCCCCCCUCUUGGACACCCCCCUUUUGGCCGCUCCCGAUAGGGAGGAGCGGUGUCGAAAUGUGUGUAGCUGCUCUCCCCAAGGCGCAGCGGACGCCCCGCGUGGCGGCCCGGGCCCUGGGCUCCAUCGACCAGUUCAAGGUGUUCGGUCCGGCCGAGGACCCCUUCGAGAUCGAAACGGAGAGGCUGCUCGGGGUCGGCGGCCAGGGCACGGUAUACCUCUGCCACCGGCAGAGCGCCCCCGACACGAAGUACGCGGUGAAGGCGAUCCCCAUUUGGAGGUUGUUGAUGGACCCGUCGGCGGCCGAGAAGAUCGCGACGAUCCGGAAGGAGACGGAGGUCCUCAUGAAGAUCCAGGGCCACCCGAACAUCUGCGAGUGCAUCGGCUGCUACGACGCGUUUCGGCCCGGGACUUCUGAGGCGCAGUACAUCAUGAUAGUCAUGGAGGUGGUGAACGGCGGCGAGCUGGCGAGCUACAUCAAGGACGGGCAGCAGUACCUGGCAGAGGACGUGGCGAAGAGCGUCCUCAGGCAGUCGGCCUUGGGGCUGAAGCACAUCCACGAGAGGGACGUGAUCCAUCGCGACUUGAAGGCGGAGAAUAUCUUGGUCUGCGCCAGCCAGCUGACCAAAGACACCACGGUAAAGCUCAUCGACUUCGGUGUCGCCCGAUCUGUGCAGAACACCUACGCCCGGAGCUGCGUCGGGACCACUGAGAUCAUGGCCCCGGAGCUCGUUGGUGCGAAGAUGAUGCUCGUUCCGAGGGGCGCCACGAUGAAGAGCCACGGCCCGUUCACCUUCAAGUCACCACAGGAGGCGUCGCCAGGUUUCGGCAUCGUCACGCAGCGGCCCGACGGCAAGGGCGCCAUGGUGAGCGGCCUGGAGCCUGGGGGCCAGGCUGCGCAGUUCGGCGUCGGCGACGGCUGGGCAAUCUCCCACAUUAAUGGCACGGAGAUCCUGGACAUGCCGUUCGUCAAGGAUUUCAACGAGCUCGGGGCGAGCACCUCGGGAGGGGUGACGGCCAUCGCGGAGAUCCUGGGAGGCCUGAGCGGCCCGUUCACGCUGCAGUUCGUGGAGCUGCCCAAGCGCGAGUUCACGAAGGCGGUGGACCUGUGGAGCCUCGGGGUCACCCUCUACGUCAUGCUAGCGGGGGUCACGCCCUUCAAGGACGAGUCGGCGAUCGUGGAUGCCGCCUACGACGAGGCCCGCCUGGCCCACUGCUCCGCGGAGGCCAAGGACAUGGUGCGGGGCCUGCUGCGGCUCGACCCAGCCGCGCGCCUGACCGUCGACCAGGUCCUGGCGCACCCUUUCCUGACCUGAGAGCAGGGCCUGCCCCCCUUCCUUCCCUCCUCCCUCCUGGGCCCGGGCAUGUUCUGCUUCAUUCCUCCCUCCUCUCUCCCUUCCUUCGCGCCUGGUCUGCUCCUGGCAAAUAUUCUGCCGAAUCUUGCUGCGUUGCAUUGGCGGCUUGUGUGGCUCCCGGCGGGAGGAGGUAGGAGGACGAUGCAAGAUUCGCAGCCGUCCGUAUGCAUGCGAAAAUUCUCCAGCAAGAUAGCACCUCGGACGAGGAAUUGUCUGACCUGGUAGAUCGUGAUGGGACCUCAGAAAUACGACCGCGAUGGCACCUGUGACUCAUGCAUUUGAGUGCGAAGGUUACCUCAGUGCUUCUUGCAUAUCUGAUGCCGCAGAGAUUGCGCUGAGCAGCCAUGCAAUGUUGCACCACUUUGUCGCUCAAGCUCAAGAGACCUGGCCUUCGGACCAAAAAUCACACAUUUUGUGGAUCGCAAGUGGG